AGAAGUCCCGCCCUGCUCCCCACACUACAACAGUGCAGUCUGGUCGCAAGGUCUUGUGACUUUACGGUCGUCAAUCAUCAUGAGCACUACCUUGAAGUUUACUGUACUGUUGCUGGCCCUGGGCUUUUGCCGGGGGCUUCUGGACAACUACAUCGAUGAGGAGGAGACUGAGGCUCCUGACGCUCAGGCGUCAAAAUUCGGCUCCCUGUGGCCUCUGCCGCAGAAAGUGCAGAUCUCAGAGGUCUCAUUCAAGUUAACCAGCUCCAGCUUCAAAAUAGUUGACGCCAAAGAGUCAUCCGCCGGCCCGAGCUGCAGCCUCCUGCAGGAUGCCUACAGGCGGUAUUAUGAAUACAUGUUUGGCAGCACUAAAAAGCUGGGGCUGAGCAAAAGCAGGCGAACAGGCCCCUCUGAGCUGACAGAGCUGCAGGUGUGGAUCACAUCACCUGACUCUGAAUGUGACGAUUAUCCCAGUGUAACUUCUGACGAGUCAUAUGAACUGUCAGUGGAUCUGCCAUUUGCUGUCCUGAAGGCACCAAAGGUCUGGGGAGCCCUGCAUGGUUUGGAGACUUUCAGCCAGCUGCUGUAUGAAGAUGAAUAUGGAGCUAAAAGCGUCAAUGCCACUACAAUUAGCGACUUCCCCAGAUUUGCACACAGAGGCAUCUUACUGGACAGCUCUCGGCAUUUCCUGCCCAUUAAAGUCAUCUUGGCUAAUCUGGAAACAAUGGCGAUGAACAAAUUCAAUGUCUUCCACUGGCACAUUGUCGAUGAUCAAUCCUUCCCUUACCUGAGCCGAACGUUCCCACAGCUGAGCCAGCAGGGAGCUUACCACCCGUACACACAUGUGUAUACACCUGCUGAUGUGAAGAUGGUGAUUGAGUUUGCCCGUCUGAGAGGCAUUCGCGUCAUCCCAGAGUUCGACACUCCAGGACACACACAGUCAUGGGGCAAAGGCCAAAAAGAUCUGCUCACACCCUGUUAUUCUGGCUCCAAACCCUCUGGCACUUUUGGACCUAUAAACCCCAUUCUGAACACUACAUACGACUUCAUGAACCAGUUCUUCAAGGAGAUCAGCACUGUGUUUCCUGAUGCCUACGUUCACCUGGGAGGUGAUGAGGUGGACUUCACCUGCUGGAGGUCCAAUCCAGACAUUCAGCAGUUCAUGAACAGCACAGGUUUCAAACAAGACUACAGCAAACUGGAAUCAUUCUACAUCCAAAGACUCUUGGAUAUUGUCACCACUACCAACAAGGGCUACAUGAUCUGGCAGGAGGUCUUUGACAAUGGUGUUAAGCUAAAGCCAGACACAGUAGUGCAUGUGUGGAUCGGCGGCGGGUCUAAUGAGGAGAUGGAAAAGGUGACGGCAGCAGGAUACACCACCAUCCUCUCCGCCCCAUGGUACCUAGAUUUAAUUAGCUACGCACAGGACUGGCAGAAGUACUACAAGGUUGAGCCACUCAACUUCAACGGAACUGAAGAGCAGAAGAAACUUGUGAUUGGUGGAGAAGCCUGUUUGUGGGGAGAGUAUGUGGAUGCCACCAACCUGACACCCAGACUCUGGCCUCGUGCCAGUGCUGUGGCAGAGCGCCUGUGGAGCGCCAAAGACGUGACGGACAUCAACGAUGCCUUCAACAGACUCUCCAUGCACCGCUGUCGUAUGGUCGAGCGCGGGAUCCCUGCUGAGCCUUUGUUUUCCAGCUACUGUCCCCGUGAGUACAAGGGUAUAUGAACACAAGUGAGAAGCUGGCCAUGGGGCCUGGAAAAGGGAAUCCAUCUACAAUCACUCCAUGCUUGAAUUUUAAACAGAGAAUUCAAAUGAUAACAUGCCUUUGUAGAGAUACACUGAGACACAUUAUCCUUUUAAAAUCUCCUCUACAGAACUCUCGUUCACAUGUAAUUCAUGUUCACGAAUGCACUCUUUUUUUUUUAUGAAUGUUUGUAUAAUUGAUUGCGAAUAAAAUGUUGACAUUUUA